AUGGUGACCUUCAGGGAUGUGGCAAUAGACUUCUCCCAAGAGGAACGGGAUUGCCUGAAUCCUUCUCAGAGGCCUUUGUACAGUCAUGUGAUGUUGGUGUCUCUGGGCCUUUGCUUUUCUAAGCCAAGUGUAAUAUUCCUGUUGGAACAAGGGAAAGAGCCAUGGAGAGUGCGGACAGAGCUGAUGGGCAGUUUGUCCACGGGCUGGGAGCCUGUGUAUGAGACUGAAGAGUUAAUCCCAAAGCAGGAACUCUAUGAAGAGGAAUCAUCCAGAAAGAUAAUAGAAGAACUUAGAAGUCUUGGCCUGGAGUAUCCCAGUUUGGUGGGAGAAUGGAGCCAGGGUCAUCAUUUCAAGAGGCAAUACGGGAAUUUAAAGGUUUGUCUGGAGGAAGAGACCAUUGCUGUUGAAGCGUUCAUUGAUAAGAGAUCUUGGGGAAGUUUCCACCAGAACACACUGCUUCAUACACGACCGACGAGCCCAGCAGAGAACACGGCACAUGAAGAAGGCACAUUCCAGAAAAGCUUGAAAAACAGCCCAAAGCCUCUCAAGCCCAAGAGCGUCUGCACAGAGAAGAAACGGCUGAAAUGUAACGGUUGUGAGAAGGUUUUUAGCCAGAGCUCAUCCCUUGCUCUCCAUCAGAGAAUCCACACUGGAGAGAAGCCCUAUGCGUGUAUAGAGUGUGGGAAAGCCUUCAGCCAGAGAUCCAACCUUGUCCAGCACCACAGGAUUCACACGGGAGAGAAACCCUACGAGUGUCAGGAGUGUGGGAAGGCCUUCAGCCAGAACGCACAUCUCGUUCAGCACCUGCGAGUUCACACUGGAGAAAAGCCUUAUGGGUGUAAGGUGUGCAGGAAGGCCUUCAGCCAGUUCGCCUACCUGGCUCAGCAUCAGAGAGCUCACACCGGGGAGAAGCCCUACGAGUGUGUGGAGUGUGGGAAGGCCUUUAGCAAUAGGUCAUCCAUUACUCAACACCAGAGGAUUCACAGCGGAGAGAAACCUUAUGAGUGCAGGGUCUGUGGGAAAGCAUUUAGCCUUCGUGCAUACCUUACUGUGCAUCAGAGAAUCCAUACAGGGGAGAGACCCUAUGAAUGUAAGGAAUGCGGGAAGGCUUUCAGCCAAAAUUCCCACCUUGCUCAACAUGAGAGAAUUCAUACCGGAGAGAAACCGUAUAAGUGCCAGGAAUGUAGGAAGGCCUUCAGCCAGAUUGCCUACCUCACUCAGCCUCAGAGAGUUCACACUGGGGAGAAGCCCUACGAAUGCAGUAAAUGUGGGAAGGCCUUUAGCAACGACUCAUCCCUCACUCAGCACCAGAGGGUUCACACCGGGGAGAAGCCCUAUGAAUGCAACGUUUGUGGGAAGGCCUUCAGUUACUGUGGAUCCCUUGUCCAACAUCAGAGAAUCCAUACGGAAGAGAGACCCUACGAAUGUAAAGAAUGCAAGAAAACCUUCAGGCAACACGCACAUCUCGCUCAUCACCAGAGAAUUCACAUUGGGGAAUCACUCUUACCACCCAAUCCAGGCAAUCACCAAGUCCUGUAAACCCAUCUCCUAGAUAUUUCUGGAAUGUAUGUUCCUUUCUCCGUCUUUAAUGUUGAUUAUUACUGUACAGUUUUCAUGGCUUUUCUAGUGUCCGUUAUUACUGUCUUCAAAUCUAUUUCCUGUAAUAGGCACAACAUUAUUUUACUUUGAAGUGGGAUCUUGUGUAGUAUAAGUUGGCCUUAGACUCACAUUUUACAAAAUAGAAAACCCAGUGUUGGGCCAUAGAAAUGACAAUACCAAAAUCCCACCAGCACUUAGCUCUCUGCUGGUAGAGAAUUAACAAUUGAAAAUACAGACGGGGCUGGAGAGAUG